GGAUUAGUCUAACUUUAGAAUAUCUUGGACUCUGAGUUUCUCGGUUAUUCCGACAGCACUUUGCUUACAGUUAAACGUAAAUGGAAGAAAAGAGCAGUGAUGGAGAACAAACAAAUUCCAAAUUUGUUAACAUCGCUUAUCGCCAAUCGUCUCUAAUAUCCGGAAAUAAUGAACCGACUCCCACUGAAAAGUCCACUGAAGAGCCAAAUUUUCAAUUUCCUACUCGCAUAAAAAAUCUUCCCAUAAUUUCCGGUUUGACAUCGACGGUUUCAGGAGCCUACGACUCAUUGAAGAAAUCUCAUGCAACAGUUGAAUCCAUUCUGACUGCCACGGAGGAACAUUUGCAGGAAGGAGCGAAAAUAAUGAACCCAGUUACUAGUACUAUCGGCAAUGCUCUAGAAGAACCGUUAAAAACCAUCGACUCCGCGAUAUGUGGCGGUAUUGAUUACCUAGAGGAAAAAGUACCGCAGUUGAAAGACUCAACAGUCCAAUACUCUAAUUCUAUUAUAGAAACUGUGCGAGACACAUUAGAAAAUCUUGGCAAAGCUGAUGAAACUCCGGGUGAAUCAAAAGAACCCCCAAACAAAUAAUCGAUGGAGAUUUUUUUGUUUAGAAUUUUAUAAAUUAUGAAUCCAUAGUUUCAAUAAAAUAGUAACUGAGAA